CUGUUUGUACAAGAGGACAUAACGUGGAAUAGUUAGGUUUAAAACAUCAUGCUUGUGCUUGAAGAAAUUCCACAUUCUUGACUUGCUGUCUUUGAACAUCAGCAUUCUGCACAAUGCAUGCCCUGGUCUGAGGGUGAGCAGAAAGAGAGGAAAUGGGAACCAAGCCUCUUUAGCUUCUGUAGCCUCCAGAUUGGCAAAAGAAAAAGUUAUGUAUGAAAAAGAAGCAAAACAGCAAGAAGAAAAGAUUGAAAAAAUGAAGGCUGAAGCAUGUGAUGAUUAUGGAAUUAAGAAGCAGAUUGAGAUCUUACAAGAGUCACGAAUGAUGAUUCCAGACUGCCAGCGCAGAUUAGAAGUCGCACAUGCAGAUCUUACUCAACUACUAGAAAAUGAAAAAGAAUUGGAAGAAGCUGAAGAGUAUAAAGAAGCUCGUUCCAUACUGGAGUCAGUAAAGCUGGAAGCCUAGAAGUUUUUCAGUACUGUCUUUAUAUGCAUUAGCACUGGGUCCAUUCCACACUUUCGUUCGACUAUGGCUCUAUUACAAUUGUUGACUUGCUAAGGUUCCCUUUAUGCAAACUGGCCUUUCUCUAAUUGCAAAAUGCAUCAAAUAAAGGAUAAUCUGAAA